ACAAUUCAUAAAAUAAAAAUACAUAAUGUCGACCGCAGAUAAUAUCAUUGGUUCCCUUACCUUUUGCCCCGAAUGUGGCAACCUUUUAGACAUGGCUGGCAAUGAGGACGAUAUCUUAUUAUGUAACCAAUGUAGCUGUGCUUUCAGAACUGCCGGUGUUGAGGCAACAGAAGUUAUCACCACUUCUUCAGAGCGUUCUUUCCAAUCCAAAUUAAAGUCUAAACGUCACACAGUGCAACAAAGCAAAGAAAACGUCCAAGCAAGAGCCAUGAUUCAAGAAAAGUGUCCUAACUGUGGACAUCAUGAGAUGGAAUAUCACACCAUGCAAUUGCGUUCUGCUGAUGAAGGUCAAACUGUCUUUUAUAACUGUAAAAAAUGCGGUUACAAAUACUCUGUCAACAACUAGAUUAUCCCUCUCCUCUUUAUGUAAAUUUGCCCGUCCCUCCUUCAACAAAACUCACCUCUUUUUUUUUUUAUAUUUCUUAUUAGAAUGGAUUACUUCUUUUUUUUUUUUAGCUUUCUUUAUAAAAUAAAGGUUGUAAACAAAAAAAAGAAUGGAC